UGUUUGAUCAAGAGUAAAUUCUUUUAUCAAUAAAGCUUAUUGGUAAGGGCAGAUUUCGCUUGUAUUAAUCAAAAAACGAGAAAAUUUGGCUUGUUUACAUAUGGCACAUGGGCCCUUUUCACAUGUUUGGCGAGAAAUAAACAUCGGCUGCAAAUUAUCGCUCUGUUGUCCUGAUCGUGUUUCCGCUCCCGCCGUGAAAAUUUCCCGGUGCCAUCCUUGAUUGCCGACUGGGCCAUCCAACAGUGCGCUUGUGAAGUAUUUUUAUACAGUCGUCUGCCAGACAGUGUGACAGUGUUUUCAGGUAAAGCAAAAAUUAUCUAAUAUCUGCGGCACCUUGGAGGAACUCCGUAAUGCGAAAGUACCAGCAGCUCGCGCUGGUUCUAAUCUCUGUCAGCUGUGUGGCAAUUUUACUGGUGUAUAAAAGUGAAAACAAUCGUCUCAAAUAUGUGCUAGAAGUAGUCAACAUUUUUGGUCGCAACGAUGCCGCUUCGUUGAUUCGAAUCGACAACAGUAGUCGCUCUAGGCCGGCACCGUACGAUUUCGAUAGCCCGCUUCCCGUUUGGCAACGAAUAGGUAAUGAUGUAUACGUGUACUCGGCCUACUGGCAAAAGAAUGAUCUGGAAGCUGGUGGAACGGUGGUCAGCUUGGCUGUCGGUUUAGAUCAAGCCAUUGUGAAUUUCAAAUGUCAGGUGCAGCAUAGUGGAAAAGAUGUGGUUACAGGGAAGUUCUUUUUCGAUCGAAUUGAUACACCCACAGGAUCUGUGGCGGCUCCGAAUGGGGAAGUUUUUACUAUCUAUAAAUUUCUUUGUAAAGUAAAACGAGAUUUUGGCCACCCAACUGAAGUUGUUUUCACCGAUUCUACGCACUCUGUCAAGAGGUUUAUUCCGCUUCGAGUACUAGAGAGCAAAUCAGUUUCACAAAAGAUGACAAUCACUGCCUGUGUGGAUUUGAACAAUUAUCUGGAAUUGGAAAACAACUUUCGUCAACCAUCCGUUAUUCUUCAAUACUUCCUGCAUCAUCAAAUCGUCGGUGUAGACGACUUUAUUGUCUACAACAGCAAUGCACUAGAUUCGAUGACGACCGCAAUUCUGUACAAUCACGGAAUCAAAAUCAAUCUACUGCCUUACAAUUUCCCCUUCGACUUGGCCAGUACUGUACAAAAUCGACGCCUCAUCGAGCUUGAUUGCUUGAUGCGAAACUACAAUGCUGCUAAGUACACCUUCAUCGGUUCGAUCAACGAGUAUCUCUACCCCAACUCUCGGCUUCGCAGUAACAACAAGUUCCUUAAGUAUGUCAGCAAAGUGUCGAGCGACGUUACUCAGUUCACGGUUGCCACUCGUACCGUUUGUGUCGACGACAGGAAAAAGAUCUUCUCCGACAACUUACUGUAUGAUGUGGAGGCACGUCAUGAACGCCCUUUCUACAUCUAUCGACCACAGAACUAUAAUCGCACUGGAUCUCAGGAAUUAACCAAGUCACUCAAUGUUGACCGAAAUAUAAUGUUCGUCCAUCGAUACGUGGAAAAAUGCGCCAGCAAAUCGGAUUCGCACGACUGGAGCACUGUACUGGAUAGUGAAUUCCUCCAAUACGUCAACGAGAUCGGAAAAGAGCUGAACAAAUUAAUCUAUAGAUAAUUAUCUCCCUAAUACUUCUAAGUCGUUAAUUUUGUUUUCAGGAGAUUAAACGUUUUACUCUCUAAUAUUAGGGUGAAAAUUCAAGAGCCUAGCCCGUUUCCAUCCUUAGUGUACGCAAAUUUUCUCGCACAAACAGCGCACGUCGCAAUGCCAUUUGCGCACAAGUUUCUGUAAGAUAGGCCUAUAACAGUCCGUACAAUAAAAACCAAAUUGUAAUUUUGAAA